UUAGUGAAGCAGUAUAUCUAAUCAAGAAGCAUCACUACACUAACCCAUCUCCCAAAACAACCCAAACUCCAAAUUACCUUCGCUGGUAACUAUUCUUCACUCCAGGCGGCGCUUCACAACAGUAGAGCUUAGCUCCAGAGAAAUGGACGACGGAAAUCUAACAAAACCAGUAAAUGACACCGUUCUAAGCCGGGACGACAAGGAGGAUGAUGAUGAGCCGCCAAUGCUGAGCUCACAUGCUUUGGCAGCUCUAAGAGAGUUCCUCCAAGAACAAAACUUUAAAGAAACUGAAGAACCAGAAGAAGAAAAAGUGAGCUUAGUGACAGAAGAUUGGAGACUUAGUCAGUUCUGGUACGAUCCUUUAACUGCAGAGACUAUAGCUAAUGAGGUUAUUCAUUUACUAGGCAACAGUGACUCUAAUCGUCGAGCUGCUUGCAUUGCUUGCCCUACUCUUUAUGCAUAUAUGAAGAAAAUUGAGCCGAAUGUUAGUGUGCAAUUGCUGGAAUAUGAUAAGAGAUUUGAGCAAUAUGGAAGUGAUUUUACUUUCUAUGACUAUAAUCAGCCUGAAGAGUUGGAUUCUCAAUUGAAGCAUUCUUUUCAUGUUGUUGUUGCUGACCCUCCUUACCUGAGUAAGGAGUGUUUGGAAAAGGUCACUCAAACAAUUGCUUUUCUUGCAAAACCUGGAAAAUCCCACUUGCUUCUACUCACAGGGGAGGUGCAGAGAGAUAGGGCUGCUAAGCUCCUAGGAUUGCAUCCAUGUGGUUUUAGGCCUCAACACUCUAGCAAACUUGGGAACGAGUUUAGGCUGUUCACGAAUUAUAACCCUGGGACAAGAUUAGGAGGAUGGGAGCCAGAGCAAUAGGUGCUUUUACUUCAUGGGUCUGUUCAUCUCACAGGCCAAACUUCAGAACACAGACUUAAUGGUGAGCUUAUAAGCUAUACGAGAAAGAUUUUGGGUGGAGGCUUUUCUUUCGUGAUGAAUGGACUAGUCCGGGUGUAUUGAUGUGGUCUGAAUGCCUUAUACUGAUGUUGUAGGUGCACAAGGCACAUCUACCAUGACCUUUUAGAUUUAAACCUCUUCUAGAUAUACCAUAGCAGUUAUCUAUCGCGCCCAACAGAUGUUAGCUGCCCAUUUUAGGCAAGCAUCUGUAUUAACCAUGGGCGGUGGCAUCUCUUGAACUGUAUUCUAUUUUUGAAACUGAAGUCAUAGACUUCCCCAUCGAAGAGCAAAGAAGCUCAAAGGUUUAAUUAAUAGAAACAUGAAGAGGUUUGGAAUA